CGGGGUGGGGAUUUCAUGGGGAGCCCUGGCCAUCGCCUCAGUGCCCACACUAGUAGGUGCCAUGCAUCGGGCCCCAGAGGCAGGGAAGAUGCGGGUGAGGCCUCACACACUGUCUCCCCAGGGGAUACUUCCGUCCUGGCAGGCGUGUACGGGCCAGCCGAGGUGAAGGUCAGCAAAGAGAUCUUCAACAAGGCCACCCUGGAAGUGAUGCUGAGGCCGAAGAUCGGGCUGCCUGGCGUAGCUGAGAAGAGCCGGGAGCGGCUGAUCCGGAACACGUGUGAAGCCGUGGUGCUGGGGGCACUGCACCCCCGCACCUCCAUCACCGUGGUGCUGCAGGUCGUCAGUGAUGCUGGCUCGCUCCUGGCCUGUUGCCUGAACGCCACCUGCAUGGCACUGGUCGACGCAGGAUUGCCUAUGCGGGCCCUGUUCUGUGGGGUCACCUGUGCCCUGGACUCUGAUGGGACCCUCAUGCUGGACCCCACAGUCAAGCAAGAAAAGGAGGCCCGGGCAGUCCUGACCUUUGCACUCGACAGUGUGGAACAGAAGCUGCUGAUGUCCACCACCAAGGGUCUCUACUCUGAUGCUGAGCUCCAGCAGUGCCUGGCUGCAGCCCAGGCUGCCUCACAACAUGUCUUCCGCUUCUACCGAGAAUCACUGCAGAGGCGUUACUCCAAGAGCUGAGGCGGCUGGGGCAGGUGCCUCUGCUGCCACCACCCGCUACCUCCUGUGGAAAAUAAACCGGCGGCCCUGCCCUGCCUCACUCUCCUUG